CUGAUAUAAAUGUAACAACUCGAUUACAGAGCCAUAUUAUUUCUUAUCCAGUUUAUUAAACCCGUCUCAUGUUUUCUCUAAGUUAAACUCAAAACAGAACAUAUCAUUUAAUAUUUAUUUGUUCACACUUUAUAUGUCGUUGGGGCUAUUAACAACACCCAGUCGACAGUUAUUAUUUGUUUGAAUUCUGAAAUGGUAACGCAAAAUUCAGUUUCUCGAUACUGGAAUUGAAGAAUUAUUAUUGUAAAUGGUAGAGACGGAACAGGCGGAGAACGGGCGUGGAAGCGGGGGAGUAGUGGUGGGGAGGUAUGAGGUGGGGAAGCUGGUAGGAUGUGGGGCGUUUGCGAAAGUGUACCACGGGAGAGACACGGGGACAGGGCAGAGCGUGGCGAUCAAAGUGGUGAGCAAGCAACGGGUGAACAAGGGAGGCCUUAACGGGAACGUCAAGAGGGAGAUCGCUAUCAUGCACCGCCUGCGUCACCCUUCCAUCGUGCGCCUCUACGAGGUUCUGGCCACCAAAUCCAAGAUAUUCUUCGUCAUGGAAUUCGCCAAAGGCCGGGAGCUCUUCGGCAAGGUCUCCAAGGGGAGGUUCUCCGAGGAUCUCAGCCGUCGCUAUUUCCAGCAGCUUAUCUCGGCCGUGGGAUACUGCCACUCACGAGGGGUGUAUCACCGAGAUCUGAAGCCUGAGAAUCUCCUCCUGGACGAAAAGCUGGAAUUGAAAAUAUCGGAUUUCGGGCUGAGCGCCCUGACGGAACAGAUCCGACCCGAUGGACUACUUCACACACUGUGUGGAACGCCGGCAUACGUAGCACCGGAGGUUCUGGGGAAGAAAGGAUACGAGGGUGCUAAAAUAGACGUAUGGUCAUGCGGAGUGAUACUGUUUGUGCUCAACGCAGGCUAUCUACCCUUCAACGACCAUAACCUAAUGGUCAUGUACCGGAAGAUCUACAAGGGAGAGUUUCGCAUCCCCAAGUGGACCUCUCCUGAUCUCCGCCGACUCCUCACUCGCCUCCUCGACACCAACCCUCACUCCCGGAUCACCAUCCAAGAGAUCAUCCACGAUCCCUGGUUCAAACAUGGUUACGACCACCGCCUCUCCAAACUCCACCUCGAGGACGCAGACAUGAAACUCCAGAUCGACGGAGGAGCACGCCGUAUGAACGCCUUCGACAUCAUCUCGGGAUCUCCCGGUUUCAAUCUCUCCGGUCUGUUCCCCGGCUAUACCAGAAAGUACGAGAGAGUGGAGCGGUUCAUCUCGUGUUGGACGGUAGAAAGAGUGGUGGAGAAGCUAGAGGAGAUUGCCGUGGCGGAGAAUCUUACGGUGGCCAAAAAAGAGGCUUGUGGGAUGAAGAUACAAGGACAUAAAGGUCAUUUCGCGAUGGUGGUCGAUAUAAAUCAGCUAACCGACGAGCUGGUGAUGCUCCAAGUGAGGCAUAGACAACAACCACCCGCUUCAUCUGGACGAGAUAUUUGGUCAGAUACAGUGAGGCCUUUCCUUCUGGAUAUUGUUUAUAAACCGGAUUAGAAUAUGGUAUCCGGUUUAGAGACAGACCAUAAUCAGAACCAGGAAGGUACUUCUUCCUUGCGUAACGUGUGAAUACGACGCCAUUGUUUUAGUUAUCUGUCACAACGGAAACCAACAAAAACAAAAACUCCAAAGUAAUUCGGGGUUAUCUGUAAUUAUUCGGGGAAAUUCUCGAAACUGGUCUUCAUAGUUAGCAAUUUUCUUCUCAUGUAAUCGUUGCUAUCUUGUAUAUAUUAAAUGGAAAAAUAAGUUUUGAUGAUCUAUCUAACUUACUUCAGAAUCAA